AUGGCAACCAUUAACCGUCAAGGAAAGCUGAUAUCAGUGCCUUCGACUACCAUUCCUCACCAUUCAAACCCAUUCCUUUCUAUUGAUCGCCAAACUAGUCAGCUACAGAAAGAGCUGCAGGUACUUCUUAAUGCACAGGGUGCUGGUUUAUUUCCCAAAGCCCCUGAUUCCCCGGGGAACCCGAUUACUCUGCUCUCGUCUGCAGGGCCGAGAACUACAAGCACGACUCCCGUCAAUCAGCCUCUCGAAGACAAACUCACCCUUUAUGAUGCAAGGGUCGGAUUACUGGACACUAUGGAUGAACUGUUGACUGUAAGGGAAGAGGAACGCCGUGUCAUUUGCUCUGAAUUGCAAGCUCGGCGGGAGGCAAUCGCAGGUGUAGAUGCCUUUCAAAUCAAAGAAAAGGAAUUACAGGCAGCAAUGCGUGCUGUUCAAGGUGACCCCGAAGUCAAAAGAGCCGAAAAUCUUAAAAACUUAAGUCACAGCCUCGAGAAGGAAAUGAUGGAGAUGGAACAUAAAUUAGCAGAGACCAAAGCAUAUCAUCAGAGGGUUUCCCGUGAGAUAAUAAAGCUUGAAAGCUCUGUUGAUUCGAAGUUAUCGUCCUACAAAUGGUCUAUCGAAGCACUUCACAAGGACAUCCAGGAAUAUCUGCAGUCCCCUCCCCUCCACCCCCUUUGGCGCCCCCCUCGAGACCAACCGAACUUCUACUCGCUCCGCCCAAAUCGUAGAACGCUUGAUAUGGCGAAGGAACACUGGAAGCUUGAGUCAGCGGAGAUAGUGAAAAGGAGACAAGGUGUUGAGAAAGACAUCAAUGCGAUUACUGAGGGGGGAGACGUUUGGCGGAAGAUAACCGAAGGACUUACCGCAUAUGAAAAACGGAUUAGAGAGCAAAUUUCACUACACGAGGCUGCCGAAGGUGUGGAGCAAACCGCCCUUGCUAACAGUAUUGAGCAGGACAUGGACAAUAUGAUAACCAUAUUACAAGAUGACCUGGAAAUUGCUAGGGAGAAGAAUUGGACGCUUCUCAUUUGCAGUAUCAGCGCGGAGCUGGAGACUGUUGAGUUGUGUAGAACUAGAUUCCAGGGAAACAUUCAGCAUGACGAGUGGCCACCCACGUCAGAUGACAGUGUUCCUGGAGACUUGCUGGCCGAAUCACCUUGCACUGAGCCUGUCUCGAAUAGUCAUAUUGGGGACGCGGCUGAUCAUACGAUAGCUCCGUCGUCGCGCCCUCUGGUACCGGAUCUUAUUGACACUUCAGAUGAAGAGCUUCUAUUCUCACCCGUAAGAAUGUAG